AUGCAUCCUCAUAUACACAACCAGGACUUCGUGGCAACUGUGGACGCUGACUACUCCCGCGGAGCCUAUGAAAUCGAUCAAUUCCAGUCCUCUUGGUAUGACCGAGACGAUCUAUCCUGUAUUGACCCUGAGCUGCGAUCUCUUCAGCACGACUAUCCUUAUCUCAGGCUUCACGACCAACAACAAAUCGAUACACGACGUUGCUUUUCAUCUUACAACCCCACCGCACAAGGUUUCAACCAGUCUUACAGGUGCGAUUAUGGGAGCACACUCUACCAACUCAAUCUAUCCGGAACAUGGACUGGAGACAUUGACGAAUACCGUCAAAUCCGUUACCUUUCCCCAUCAACCAACACCUUGUCUAGCACCGAAUCCUCUGUCAGCGAUUAUGCUUUCACUCCAGAUGCAGUCAGGACCACUCAAGAGUUUUCCUUCACUUUCGAAAGCCCUGUUUCCACCCAUGCCUCGCUUGGUAUGCCAGCUGCAUCGCAACAUCUGUGGACACAUCAUUCGCCUGGCGUCCUACCUACCAUGACGACCCCAACAGGUAACCUCGCUUUAAGCAUGCGGGAUCUCCAGGUUACACCAGAUCCCAAGAUCGAGGACGACCUCGUUGACGACAAAGACACCAUUCAUGGAAAGAUCAAUCUUCCCGAAGAGCUCGAACUAUCAGAACAGUUCGUCAGUCCCCCUGCCUCGACACUUGCCUCCUCCAUCGAUGACGACGCGUCAAUGCAAGACGCAGAAGAAUUCUCCGGCGCAUAUGACAGCGACAACAACUCUGAAUUCAUACCCACUUCUGCGUCGGUCCGUCGUGGUCUUGCAAACUCUCGCCAGUCUCUACGUUCCCCACGACAACAUGCCCCAAAGGCUAUCAUUGACCCUCGUUCUCGAGUGCACAAAAACACUCAAAACAAUACAGCUACAGUCGGCCCUUCCAGGCCCAAGGCCAAGAAGGUCCCGCGCAAGAAGAAAAACAAUGGCUCUAAGUUCUUUCCCUGCACCUUCCAUCACUAUGGCUGCGGCGGCACCUUUGCCAGCAAGAACGAGUGGAAGCGCCAUGUCUCGUCGCAGCAUCUCCAGCUCGGGUUUUUCCGGUGCGAUAUGGGCUCGUGCUCGCCGCAGAUUGCCCGCACCCAACACAAAGGAUUCAAUGACUUCAACCGCAAAGACUUGUUCACUCAGCAUUGCCGCCGGAUGCAUGCGCCUUGGGUUGGGACGACCCAUGGUGAGGAGGGCGUCACGAAGAAAGAAAAAGAUGCUUUCGAGAAGGAGCUUGACGCCAUUCGUGCGCGGUGCUGGGUUGAUUCCAGGAAGGCGCCGGAACGGAGCAAGUGCGGGUUCUGUGGGAAGAAGUUCGUCGAGGGGCAGGUGGAGGACGGCGUGGUGAGUGUCAGUGCAUGGGACAAACGCAUGGAGCAUGUCGGGCGGCAUUUUGAGAGAGAUGCAGCCCGCGCAAAGGAUGAGGAUGUCGAUGAGGGGUUGAAGGCUUGGGCGCUGACCCAGGGGGUUGUCCGGGCCGGCAGGAGGAAGGGUGAGUUCUGGCUCGCUGGGCUGGAGCCUGUUGAGCGGCCAGGGACUCCGCCUGGGCGAAGACGGAGCGGCCGGGUCGCCGAACGGAGGGAAAUGAUGGAGGAAGCAGAAGAGGAGGAGAGCAGUAGUGAGGCAGAUAGUAUGGAAGUCAAGCAUACUUCUACCCCGACAAAGACGGAGGAAGAGGCGGACAAGGAUAGCGAGAGCGGUGAAGAUGAAGAUGAGCAGGAUGCCGACGCCGAUGCCGAUGAUGAUGCUGAUGCUGAUGCCGAGAGCGAUGAGUGA